AUGGAUACGUUUUCGAAAGGGGAGAUGAACAAUGCAUUGCUUGGAAUGUACGUUGGAACCCGGGGUCCAAAGACUCUACGAAAAUGUAUUACAGAUAAAUUGUUUACAUAUCAAAUGUGGAAAAAUGAGGAAACCAUACGUGAAAAUUUGGAUCCUGAAAUGGUUCUCCUGGUCUUUCCGGAAAGUAAACCCGUCCCUUCGUUGGAUGAACUCGAUGAUCUCAUAGUUCCAGAUAUAAGUUCGUUAGCAUUUUCUUUGCCUAAAAGCGAGCAGGAUAUUUCAAAAUUACGGAAUCUAAUUCAAGAGAUAUUGGAGGGUUCAAUCUUUCGCAAAUAUCUGCAAUCUAGAGAACAACAAUUUCGUAGGAAGAAUAACAAAAUGAAAUUGCUAAGCAGAAUACAAUUUGCUAAACUAUAUCCAACAAAUGGUGAAUCAAACAUACAUGAGCUGGAUAUCAGUCUGCUGUGCUUCGUUUUGUUCGAGGGAAUGGGGUUUAGACCCAUAUCAGACUUUGACAAGCUCCCAUCCCUAACUGUCGUAACUGAAGCUGAUGACAUGUUACGGAUUAAAAUAUGCAGAAAUGUUCUUGUUCAUCAGGCAAAUGCUGAAAUGAAUGAUGAAGAUUUUGAUAAAUAUUGGGAAUGUUUAACUGGCGCGUUCGAGCGAUUACUUAAUAACACGUUCGUUCGACGAGAAAGCGAAAGACUUAAGUCGUUGCGCCUUCCAGAUGAAAAAAUAGAACAGUUUAGAACCAUGAUAGAAGAAUGGCGAAGGGAUGAACAGGACGAGAGGAAAGAAAAUCUAGAACUAAUGAAAGACAUCAUGACACGCACAAGUGUACAUACCAACAGUGUCAUCAAAGCCACAGGAAUGCAAAUUGUAGACAAUCAGAUCAAACAGCACGAGGAAUUGGUGAAAUUAUUCAAGAAAAGCAGUUCAAAACGACGCAAAGUUCAAAACAAAGACCUUAAGAAGUCGUUUCCCUUACGGGUUCAUGGUUAUGACAAAUUCAAACAGUUGUGUCAUAUAAUGCAAGAAGCUGGUAUAAAGUACACUGUUCCUACGGCCUCCAGUACUGACACAGCACUAACCAGUGACAGCUCAUCUAGUCUCAAGGAUCGUGGAGUUCUUCAGUUCGAAGUAGACAGUGAAGAUGCCGUUGACAACCUCUCUCAUAACUUUCGUCGGUCUAGGAGUUUACCGCGAUAUAGACCGAAAAAGCCUAAUGAUAAUGUUUGGAUAGUCACUGAUACAACACACAACAAUCUAAAUAGCUCUCUAGAUAGUGUAACAAAUGUCGACAAGGAAUCAAGCAACAGACAAGCUAGGCAGUGUAAACGACGUUCGAGUGAGCAUGCUAGGAGUUCUCAGGAAAACAGAUCGCCCAGGCCAGGAAACUCCAUACGCAUGGGUGUGAGGUCUUUCAAGGAGAGAAAGUUGACUGUAUGUAAUCCGACAUUUAGUGUAGAAGAUGCAGAUGUUGAACAUGACAGUGCUGGUGAAGAUUCGGCUAUAGGACUCUAUCCAACCACUGGUGCGCACGGACUUAUUCCAAGACAAUCUGACCAAUGCAGGGAAGGUGCUGAAGAUAUCGGUGAUCCUACUGGAUAUUUCUUGUCUCUACAGAGACGAGAUGAGUAUAUACACUCCAACACAGAUACACACAAUCCAGCACAAAAGGUUCUGGGGAACGUGGUCCAUGUUGUUCAAACACGUACAAAAUGCUCGCCAACAAACAUAUCUAUGUCAAAUCUGGAGAAUGACGGUGAUAGCACAUCGCUCAGCGCGACGUCUGGGGAAUACGUUUUGGGAGAAGAAAAUGAGGAGCUGACUAAUCAUGUUUCAGUGACCAAAGAUAAGUCAAGGUUGUCGUCUAUCAAAAGUGGCAUGUAUAGCGAGGAUUCUACUGGUUACAACACCGACCUAUUAACACUUAAUAGCUCAGUAGACGGUAAUACGUCAUCGGACACAUUACUCUUCCAUCCGGUUAGACUACCCAAAGCUCACAGGUCACCUGGUCUAAACGAGGGAUGGACACCAUGGAUGGCAGAAAAUGGAGAGCAAAUAUAUCGCAGCUCAGUUACACCCCGAUCCAUUCCGAAUACCACAGACGACGGAUACGCCUCCAAUAGUUACUUAAGUUCUUUGGACAGGAACUUAAUGGCAACGCAAGAUCAAUACGGAACUGGUUUUCAGGAAAAUGUCAAUGAUAAUGCAGAAAUGUCCUUCAAAGAAAGAGAGAAAGAUGAUACAAACAGUCAUGGCAUGGGGUCAGUCACGAGCUCACAAGCCCCUGAAGCUGAAACAUUGCUGAAGUUGCCAAGCAGAAAGACACGAAAAGGUUUUUCUAUCCGAAAUUGCUUCAAGCGUUGUAUAUUAUGUGGGGGCAAAGGACCUGAAGGGGACCAGGAAAGUCAAGUUGUAAAGAAAGAUCAUUACCGAAAGAGAAGAGAGUCUGAACGUUGUCUUUUGAGUUCCCGUGAUUCAAACGACUUUACUGCGACAUCAAGACGGAUCAAUUCGGUUCAAUUAUCGGAAGUGCAGAUUUCGGACAGAGGUUUAAGAAUCAACCUAAGUGAUUCUUCUAUAGAAGAUGAACUGGAGGAAAUAUUUGUAUGA